UCAUGUCUUUCUGCUGGACUCGUCAUCGCAUCAGUCUGACAAACGCAGAAGUUGCACAUAACGCCUCACUGUUGCUGGAUAAAGUAACGUUUCACUCGUCAAACACGCAUGCGUUUCUGCGUUCUGUUUUUCGCUCAGCGCGGCUAAAAACAUAAAAAAAAAAAAACUUGGAAAAUUCUCCCGUUUUUUUCUUUUUCUUUCUUUUUUUGGGAGUCGCUUCAUGUCUGCUGGCCAGGAGAAAACGCGUCGAGGGAAGCAUCAUCCUUUGAGAGCCAAAGAGAAGCGCUGAGGAACUUUACCAAAGGUUGGUGCAGCUUUUCGCUGUUUUAUUUCGUUUCAAGCGUUGAGUUUGGCGUGUUCGGUGGAACGCUCGCCUCUGACGUUACGCGCGCGGCCCCGCCCCCACCAUCCCGCGUUCCAUAAUUACAUGUUCUGAACCUCACAGAGCUGCAUCCCAACCGGGUACACACCGGUAACCAUGGCGACCCGAGGCCACGCCUCCAGCUCGUUAAUGAGCAACCACACCAAAGAGCGGGUGACCAUGGCCAAGGUCACGCUGGAGAACUUCUACAGCAACCUCAUAACACAACACGAGGAGAGGGAAAUGAGGCAGCAAAAACUGGAGAAGGUGAUGGAUGAGGAAGGACUGCCUGAUGAAGAGAAGCACGUGCGUCGCUCCCAACACGCUCGUAAGGAGACCGAGUUCCUGCGGCUGAAGAGAACCAGACUGGGUCUGGACGACUUCGAGUCGCUGAAGGUGAUUGGACGAGGAGCGUUUGGGGAGGUGCGUCUGGUCCAGAAGAAAGACACGGGACAUGUCUACGCCAUGAAGAUCCUUCGCAAAGCCGACAUGCUGCAGAAAGAGCAGGUGGGUCAUAUCCGGGCGGAGCGGGACAUCUUGGUUCAGGCAGACAGUCUGUGGGUGGUGAAAAUGUUCUACAGUUUUCAAGACAAACUGAACCUUUACUUACUCAUGGAGUUCCUGCCCGGAGGAGACAUGAUGACCCUACUGAUGAAGAAGGACACGCUGACUGAGGAGGAGACGCAGUUUUACGUAGCUGAGACCGUUCUGGCCAUCGACUUCAUCCAUCAGCUGGGCUUCAUUCACCGAGACAUCAAACCAGACAACCUGCUGCUGGACUCCAAGGGUCACGUCAAGCUGUCUGAUUUUGGCUUGUGUACGGGACUCAAAAAGGCGCAUCGGACCGAGUUUUAUCGCAACCUGAACCACAGCCAAUCAAAUGACCUCACGUUUCAGCACAUGAACUCAAAGAGGAAGGCCGAGACGUGGAAGAGAAACCGGAGGCAGCUGGCCUUCUCCACGGUGGGAACGCCGGAUUACAUUGCGCCGGAGGUCUUCAUGCAGACCGGAUACUGCACAAGCUCUGUGGGGGUCAUCAUGUACGAGAUGCUGAUUGGCUACCCUCCGUUCUGCUCCGAGACUCCUCAGGAGACGUAUAAGAAGGUGAUGAGCUGGAAGGAGACGCUGGUGUUUCCUCCUGAGGUGCCGAUCUCGGAGCGAGCGAAAGCUCUGAUCCUGCGCUUCUGCUGCGAGGCUGACCAUCGCAUCGGAGCCGCCGGCGUCGACGACAUCAAGAGGAACGGCUUCUUCGAGGGCGUCGACUACGAUCACAUCAGAGAGAGACCCGCUGCGAUCCCCAUCGAGAUCAAGAGCAUCGACGACACGUCCAACUUCGACGAGUUCCCCGAGUCCGACAUCCUGCAGCCCUCCAGUCCGGCGGUGGCCAGCAACCAUCACCCGGAGUCAGACUACAAGAACAAGGACUGGGUCUUCAUCAACUACACCUACAAGCGCUUCGAGGGCCUGACAGCCAGAGGAGCCAUCCCUGCCUACAUGAAGAGCGGCAAACGAUGAAUCCCGAGCGAUUCUGAAAAGCUUAACGUGGCUUGAUGCAUUAAAACUAUGUUUUUAAAGGACCACAUUCAGCAAACACAUUAUUAAUAAAACAUAGAGCUGGUAAAAAUAAAUAUAAGCAUCGCGAAUCAAGAAAUGAUUCAGCAUUGAUUCAGAGAUCUUCCCAAUGAAUCGCGAGUCGAUUCUGAGCUCGGUUUUGAACGCUGCAUGCUUCAGGAACCGUUAGAAGGAAAAAGCGUCGCGUUCAUAUCAUGGCUAGUAUCUGCUUGUCUGCACAUGUUAUGAGUUAUUAACAGUGUUUAUUGAGUCUGAUCAUUUAAAAAACACUGUUUUAUUGCAUUAAGCCACGUUUAGCGUUGUAUAAUUUACUUUUCAGAGCCGCGUCGAGACCAAAACACUAGCGAACAAAUCCUCCGUCAACACUUGGCUUGGUUUUCACUUUAUAUUUCACUUUACUUCACGCCUGAAGAUCGUCAGAACCGAGUUUUUAUGCUGGAAAGCUUUUGUGGGUAAGUUUGAGCAGAUCUAAUACCAAAAAACACGCUAUUUUAUCAAAAAACGUGUCACUUACGAACGGUAGCUCGUCACUUAACGAAAAUUAACCAUGUUUUUUUUUUUUUUUUUUUU